CUCUUUCGGCUGUGCCCCAGCAGAAGUGAAGCGGUGGGAAGGACUGGGCGCCUCUCUUUCGUCACACGCCGCGCUGGCCCGAGCCGAAGAGAAGUUUUUCAAACCCCCAUGUGUUUUCGUACGGGGAAAAUGUUGUUACAACGGGGUAGCUGUUCGUAGGUGCGUUUUAACGGAAAUCAUGACACUUUCGAGCGUUCCGGACAACACGAUUUAGGCACAACGGCGCUGUUUUUCUUUGUUUAUGCUGGAUGCGCUAGUCGGGGCAGUGUUAUUGGAUAGUAGUAUUGUGGUCUAGACGAGUUUUCUCAACCCCCUUCUCUCCGGAGCGCUGGCUAACAUUAGCAGCAUAGCUGCUGCCUCUUCCAUACUUUCGUAGAACAACGGGAAAGUUGAGUCGAGUCGGGAGACAUGGCGGAGACCAAAAUAAUUUAUCACAUUGACGAAGAGGAGACGCCGUACUUGGUGAAGAUUCCCAUAGCGGCUGAGAAAAUCACUUUGCUGGACUUUAAACAAGUUUUGAACAAGCCGAACUACAAAUUCUUCUUCAAGUCUAUGGACCAGGACUUCGGGGUGGUGAAGGAGGAGAUCUCAGACGACAGUGCCAAGCUGCCAUGCUUCAACGGAAGAGUUGUCUCCUGGCUGGUGUCCUCAGAUACCCCAGCAGCCGAACCCCCAGCUCCUCCAGUAGAGGUCCAGUCUCAGCCCUCACCUCCUCCUCCUCCCCUGCCUCCACCUCCUGCCGAGAGGACAGGGGGCAUUGGAGACUCCAGACCACCUUCCUUCCAUCCCAACACUGCAGGCAGCCUGGAGUCCUUAGAUGAUCAGACCGAGACCGAGUCAGUCGUAUCUUUCAGGAGAGAGAGACCUCGACCCAGAGAGAGCUUGGACCAACAUGGGCCUCGUAUGAAUGGGCAGUCCCGUAUGGACAGACACCUGGCUGGCUAUGAGAGUGCUACCACUGUGAUGAGCAGUGAACUGGACACCACGAGCUUCUGUGAUUCAGAUGACGAUGACACGAUGAGCAGGUUCAGCAGCUCCACUGAACAGAGCACGGCGUCUAGAUUGCUGAAACGCCAUCGCAGACGCAGGAAACAGCGCCCACGACUGGAGAGAGCUUCCUCUUUCAGCAGUGUGACAGAUUCAACAAUGUCCCUAAACAUCAUUACAGUCACCCUUAACAUGGAGAAGUAUAAUUUCUUGGGCAUCAGUAUAGUAGGUCAGAGUAAUGAGAGAGGUGAUGGAGGCAUCUACAUUGGCUCCAUAAUGAAAGGAGGAGCUGUAGCUGCAGACGGACGCAUUGAACCUGGAGACAUGCUGUUGCAGGUGAAUGACAUCAACUUUGAGAACAUGAGUAAUGAUGACGCAGUCAGGGUGCUCCGUGAGAUCGUCCAUAAACCUGGACCCAUCACCUUGACUGUGGCAAAAUGUUGGGACCCCUCUCCACAAGGUUAUUUCACCCUGCCACGCAAUGAGCCGAUCCAGCCCAUAGAUCCAGCAGCAUGGAUCAAUCAUUCGGUGGCUCUCACAGGGGCGUUUCCGUCCUACCCGAGCAGCACAAUCACCUCCAGCUCAUCUGUCACUGAAACGGAACGCUUUGACGAGUUCAACCUGUCUCUUCGCUCUGACAUGGCAUCUGUUGCUAAGGCCAUGGCAUCUCCUGAAUCUGGUUUGGAAGUCAGAGACCGAAUGUGGCUGAAGAUCACCAUUCCCAAUGCUUUCCUAGGUUCAGAUGUAGUUGAGUGGUUGUAUCAUCACAUUGAUGGGUUUCAGGACAGACGGGAAGCUCGUAAAUACGCCAGUAACCUACUCAAGGCUGGUUUCAUCAGACACACUGUUAACAAGAUUACCUUCUCUGAACAGUGCUAUUACAUAUUUGGAGACUUCAGUAACUGUGAAAAUUACAUGGCCAACCUUUCUCUUAAUGAUAACGAUGGUUCCAGCGGUGCUUCAGACCAGGACACUCUGGCGCCUCUUCCAUUACCAGGGGCAACACCGUGGCCUCUGCUCCACUCUUUCACGUACCAGUACCCUCACCCCUAUUCCACCCAGCCACCUCCUUAUCAUGAGCUCUCCAACUACAGCUACGGCCCAGGCAGUGCGGGCAGCCAGCACAGCGAAGGGAGUCACAGCAGUGGCUCCACGCGCAGCGACGGAGAGAAGAGAAGGGGCAGUAAAAGCGUAUCUGGAAGUACGGCGGGCGGCAGCGUACGCGACGAUAAAUCUCCCGGCGGGGGCGGGGCCGACUCGCGUUCUGGCAGCGGCAGCGAAUCAGAUUACUCUGUUCGCAGCAGCCUGAGACGAGACCACGGCUCAGCCACGCCCAGCGAACACAGUCGCUCCAGUCAGCGCUCCAGCCAGCGCUCGCAUCACCGCGUUGCCCCACCUGCUCAUCUCGCCCCGUAUCCGCCUGGAAUCCCCAUCCCCUACAACCCAAUGAUGGUGAUGAUGGUGCCUCAGCAUCCGCAUCCGCACCCACACCUAGCACUUGGGGCCCCGCACCCACAAACACCUACUUUGCCGCCCCACCCUGGCUUGCCGCCCUCCGGCACCCCUGGUGGGCCUCCAGGAGCUCCUCCGACCCGAGACCUGGGCUCCGUCCCGCCUGAGCUGACAGCCUCUAGGCAGUCUUUCCACUUGGCUAUGGGCAACCCCAGUGAGUUUUUUGUGGAUGUGAUGUAAUGAAGGAUGUAGCCGUCGAUGUACAGGUGAAGGAGUGAAUGCAGUGAGGUUCGUAGUCACAUGAUAACUGUGAGUUCCACUCUGUGGCCGACAGAGAUGUAGUUUACUGUAUCAGUGCAGCUCUUUAGAGUUAGUGUUUGUCCUUGACGGUAGGAACAGGGUUUACGGAAGGGUAGGGAGUCUUGCGUAGCACAGACUUCAACAUGUAUUUUGUCUUUGUGGUAUUGACCACAACAGGGUCUGGCCUUCUUAAAUGACUGAAAUGAGUCCUGUUAUUUUCCUUAAAUGUUUCCACAAAUUACUCCCAAGGCCUUUGAUUAGGUCUCAUGAUUUUUCCAGAAAAUAUUCUGUAAAUGGCAAUUCAAUUCGCUUUACACACCUUUUUAAAUGACCAACAUGAUAUUCAAUAGAAUUAUAACUUUAAUUUUAAGUAAAGCAUUCUGUUAAAAAAAAAAAAAAAAUAUGGAGGCUUGUUUCAGUCAUGGGUUAAAAACAUAAAAAGGCAAUUGCAACUUCUAUCUAACAAUUUAGACUUUUUUUUUUUUUUUCUCAGUUCUGAGGAAAAAGUCAGAAUAGUGAGAUAUAAACUCAGAACUUGCGAUACUGAGAAGACGCAGGGGAAAAAGUUGAAAUUGUGUGAUUUUAAAAAAUAUAUAAAAACCAAAAAAAAACAGCUUUUUUUAUUUUUUAGUAAAUAGGACGUAAAAAAAAAAAAAAAGAACUGCGAGAUGCAAACUCGGAAUUUGGUGGAAAAAAUGUAAUUACAGGAUGUUUUUUUUUUUUGUUUUUUUUUUUUGCUUCUUACCAUUGCAAAGGGGGAAAAUACGAAUUGUGAGAUUAAAGUCGGGCUUCCAUAAUAAAAUGCAUGCCUUUAAAAGGAUUUAAAUGUUUGCAACAAUCCAUCUGGUGUAUUAUGUCUCUAAGUAUUGCUUUAAAGUGUACCAAGGAAUCCUGAAAGCUAUUCUCUCAUGUACUUUAUACUGUACACUUGAAAAAUUGCCUUUGUAAUCUGUCUUUGUACAGCUGAGUUGAGCCAGGGUUUAUGGAAACAAAUAUUUGGUUGUCAAUUUCUGAGAUUAAGAACUCUUCUGAUUCCUGGUGUUAGAAAGAUAUCGCUUUCAAAGACUUGCUGGCACCCUUCUAAAUUAGCAGAUUAUAAAAUGAUUGUAGUAAAACGGUACAUGCAGAGGAAGUUUUAACCCCAUAAAGGUACUUUCUGGGUAGAAUGGGUUGUUUGUUUUCUACUCCAGAGCUUCUUUUUUUUUUUUUUUGAUUCUUUGUAUGACUGAUAAUCAUAGCGCCUUUUUAUAUGAGUUCAUAGAUAUACAGGUACAAGUAUACAGGUGCUACAUAAAGACUGAGUCUCAAUGGAAUGCCAUGUUGAAGUGUUACAUUUUGAAUAUCAUAAGAUACUGUCACUUUGCAUGUCUUCACUCCAAAUAAAUUUGAUAGAAUUAACUCUGAAA